AUGAAGUCAUUUAGAAAUCCAAGAUAUUUAGAUAGAUAUGAAGAUGUUGUAUUUGACCUGGAACAGUCUUUAGAUACAGCUCCAGCAAAUAACGCUCACCAAACUAAAACAGGUCUUAGAUUUGUUGCUGAUAAUACAGGAGAAACUACUCCUUUUGAUUGGUAUAACGCCAGACUAUCAAUGGAUUUUAAAGUAAAUAAGCUAGCAGAUGGAGCAAACAUUGCUGUUGCUGACCAUAACGGAAUUGUAAAUGGUAGUAACUCAUUUAUAGAAAAAUUAAGUAUCCUAGCAAAUGGUAGAGAAGUUUAUAGUUGUAAUUAUGCAAAUCAUGUUGUAAAUAUUAAAAAUCUUCUUGAGUAUAAUCCUUCAUAUGCUGAGAGUGUUGCUGCAAAUGAAUUUUAUUUUCUUGAUACAUCAAGAAAUGCAGAGGAAAGAGAAUUUGAAGUUAGUGGCACAAAUCAGUUAGCUAAAAGAAAAGCAACUUAUAAUAAAGGCUUUCAUUCAAGAAAAUUACUUCUGGGUGCAUCAGCCACAGUAAACUGUGAAAUUCCUCUUAAUAGAUAUUCUUUCUUUGAAGCAUUGGAAGACAAAUUACUUCCAAAUACAAAAAUUGAGUUAAACAUUGAAAUUGAAAAAGAUGCAAAUUUAAUUUUUCAAGCAGCUGAUAAUUGUAGAGUUAUUAUAACAAGACUACAACUUUUUAUUCCAAAACUUACGUUUAAUUCAGAAGGACAAAAGUUGUACAUGGAGAAUUAUCUUAAACCUUACAAAUGGGCAUAUUUGAAUGAAGUAGUUGAAAGAUCAAAUAAUUCACAGCAACAGACAGGACAUUUUAGAAUUACAAAUGCUAUUUCAAAACCACGCCAUGUUUUUGUUUUUGGAAUUAAUACAGCAAGAAUUGAUGCACAAACAGCAAAUCCAUUUUUAUACGACACUUUUAAUUUACCAAAUACUGCUAAUAUAUCAAGAUGUUAUCUAGAAGUAGCAAAUGGAAACGAAUACCCAGAUAUUCACUUUAAACCUUCUACAGAUAUGUCAAGAGUUUUUAGAAAUGUAAUGUCAUACGUCUAUGCAAAUAAUGAUUACCAAGGUGGGACAUUACUUAAUAUAAAUAAUUUCAAAUCUUUAUUUCCUUUUGUUUAUUUUGACCUGACAAAACAAAAAAUGGAUAUCAAAGAUGGUGUUACAAAAUUAGCAUUUCAUUACGAAUUAAGUGCUAAUCCAAACGCUGAUUAUAAUAUUUAUGCAUUAGUCUUACAUGAAAGAAUAGCAGAAAUAUCACAACAAGAUGGAAAACUAUUGCUAAGAGCUUAA